AUGGGGGCCGUGGGCACUCUCAGCCCCAGAUUUUCGGGAAGUAGAGGUGGGGGCGCGGGGCAGGUGUCCGCGGGGCCCCGGGGACACCUGAUCGUGGCACCCCCUUCCUCGGGCGCGAGCCCUCCGCCCACGGAGCCGGGCCGUGGGGGCGGCCGCCUGGAGCAUGCGCAGCGGCGGUGCGGCGUGCGGGUGCCGGGUCGGUGCGCGGGGACGCGGGGCGGCGCGAAGUGGGGCCCUCUGCCGCCCCGCGCUCCCAUGUACGCUUUUUACUCGUUGCUUAUCUACAUCUUCUACAGCCUCUUCCGCAGGGAUGGCGGGGCGGUGGCAGCCGCCGAUCCCGGGGACCCCGCCCAGGGGGCCCGCAAGCCCAGGGGUCGCCGCCGCCCCCACCAGCCCACGGCAGAACUGUGGACCGAGCUGACCGGCCUGUUUCCAACACGUGACCCAGCACGCCGCCCCUUCCCACCACCUGGCCUCGCAGGCUGCUCCGAGUCUGAGGAUGGGCCGGCCCGGGGACCCGAGGGCCGCCCCGUCGAGGUCUCCCUGGAAGAGGCUCUCGUGCGUCUUGCGGAGUUUCUCUCGGCCCAGCUGGGGGCGGAAGAGAGCUGCGGGAAUCCUCCUGACCUGAGCAAGCCCGGUGAUGUUCCCCUACUGUUGACGGUGACCGGUCAGCUCGUGGCCCUCCUGGCAUGGAUUCGGAGCCCCAGGGGGAGGCAGGCCCUGCCCCAGGGGAUUCAGCCAGCCUCGGGAGUGCAGCCCCCAACUCCUGCUGGAUCCCCAUCCCAAGAAGAAAGCCCUUCCCUUUCACGGAGGGGUGAGGCCCAGGGCCAGCAGCCCCCUCAGUUGGAGGAGGACCAGAGAGCUUGGCAGCGGCUGGAACAGCUCAUCCUUGGACAGCUGGAAGAGCUGAAGCAGCAGCUAGAACUGCAGGAGGAGGAGCUGGGCCGACUGCGCCUGGGAGUGGGGACCACAGACUCAGAGAAGAGGGUUCAGCACCUGACUCUGGAGAAUGAGGCCCUGAAGCAGAGUCUGAGUCUCACUCGGCACCUCCUGCUGCACUGGGGUCCCGGCCCACCCCCCAGGACCCCCCAGGAUGAGGCAGAGGCACUAGUGGAGCUCCAGAGCCGGCUUCAGGAGACCCAGAACACCACAGAAGCUCUCCGAGUCCAGCUAGGGGUGCAGGAGGUGCAGUUGCAGGGCCUUCGGGGGGCCCUCCGGCAGCUCCAGCAGGAGACUGAGCAGAACUGCAGAAGGGAGCUGCAGCAGAUGCAUGGGCAGCUGGCAGGACUCCGGGCACGCAUGGUGAGCCUGCGUCAGGGCUGCGGGGACCUCCGAGGACUGGUCAGCAGCUUUACCCAGAGCUGUCAGGGUUCGUUGAGCGAGGCCCGAGGCCAGGUAUCCUGGGCCCUGGGGGCACUGUCAGCCGGAGAGGCUGGGACUCAGCUCCCUGAGGAGCAGCAGAGGUCCCCAACUGGAUGCCCCGGGCGGCUGCUAGAGCUCAAGGGAAAUAUCCGCGUGCUGUGUCGGCUGAGGCCAGGGACACCCUCCAGCCUGGUGAGCUCGGAGCCCGGCCCAGGUGGCACUGUCACCACCUGCUAUCGAGGGCGCCAAAAUUGCUUCCGCCUGGACUGGGUCUUCCCUGCAGACGCCAGCCAGGAGGAGGUCUUCAGGGAGCUGGAGCCGGCUGUGCUGUCCUGCCUUCGAGGCUACAGCGUCUGCAUUUUCACCUAUGGUCAGACAGGGACCGGGAAGACCUACAGCAUGGAGGGCCCACCUGAGGACCCUGGCAUAGCUCCUAGGGCGCUGCAGUCACUGUUCCGGGAGAUGGGGACCGGAGGGCAGCACCGCGUGACUCUCAGCAUGGUGGAGAUCUACAACGAGGCUGUCAGGGACCUCCUAGCCCCAGGGCCUCCUGAGCGCCUGGCCGUGAGGCAGGGACCAGCAGGCCAGGGGGGGAUCCAGGUGACUGGCCUCACCUACUGGGACGUGCCCAACCUGGAGAUGCUGCACCAGAUGCUGAGACUGGGGAGGAGCAACCGGGCCACCGCCGCCACCGCCAUGAACCAGCAUAGCUCCCGUUCGCACGCCCUGGUCACGCUAACGCUGCGCGCAGCGUCCCCACCGCGCGGUGCGGGCCCCGCAGGCACGCUGCACCUGGUGGACCUGGCAGGAUCCGAGCGUGCCUGGAAGGCGGGGGCGGCCGGCGCGUUGCGGGGAGACCAGGACGGCGCCCAGCGUCUCCGGGAGGCCCGGACCAUCAACCGCUCGCUGUUGGCGCUGGGAGGCGUGAUGGCUGCGCUGCGGGCCCGCCGGCCACACGUGCCCUUCCGCGAUUCGCAGCUCACGCGCCUGCUGCAGCCCGCGCUCGGCCCCGGCGCCACCGCCGUGCUGCUGCUGCAGAUCUCCACGCGGCCCGAGGACCUGGGCGAGACCGUGUGCUCGCUGAAGUUCGCCGAGCGAGUGGGCCAAGUGGAGUUGGGGCCGGCCCGGCGCCGCAGGGCCCCGCCCUCCGGGACGCCCUCCUCGCUCAGCACCGACACACCACUCACCGGGACCCCCUGCACCCCCACGCCGCCCCCCGGGAGCCCUCCAAGCUCCGGCCGGGACUGCGGCGCCAGCUCGGCCCUCGCACCACUGGAGGACCUGCCUUCUUAAGUCCUGCGCAGGGAGUCUGGGGUCGCGCCUCUGCGGGCCGAGGCAGCAAAGUCCCUACACCCCCACAACCUUCUUGACCUCGGGGGCCAACUGCACCCCCUAACUUCCAGAGUUGCCCCUCCCCCCCCCCCCCCCGAGAGAAGGAGUGUUAAGCCUGAGAAAUGAUUGCCCCCCAGUCCCUGAGCUCCCUCUUUAUCACCAUUUGUUGUUAUCGCGCACACAGCAGGGGAUCCUAGAGCCGCGGGACGGGACGCAGAUCGCGGCCCAGUGUUACCCGAGUCACCACAGUCACCACUCAGCCCCCAAAAAUCAGACUUGCCGCUAAAACGUUGUGUGUUCCUUUA